GAUAAGAGUACUGAGCUAUAAUAAAUAUUUUUUGAUAUUUCUGCAAGCAAGACUACCGGGACGCAUAUUUAAAGUACUUGAAAAAAUUCCAUAAAUUAAAUAUGAAAGUUUACAUCCUUUUAUUGGCUUUGCGACUAAGUGCGUGCUACGGUAUAACAUGCCCACCCACGCCUACAUGUCCUCCACCAACUAAUUGCGCAAACGUGGUUACAUGCCCGCCAUGUACAACAGACAAGCCAGGACCUACAGAAACCACACCACGUCCACAAACAGGACCUUCAGGUAUUUACUGCAACGAAAGCGAGAAGUGCGUUGAUCAGCCAGAUGGCACUAUGUUCCCCGACAAUGGAAGUACUGGUUACAUUUUUUGUCAAUGUGGAUGUGAUAUCUUAAUGCCAUGUCCACCAGGAACUGCUUUUGACGAUCACAACAAAGUAUGUGAUCACAUUCCAUCGCCAUGCCCACCGCCUCCGGCAUGUGCAGAAUGCCCACAACAAGAGUGCCCACCAUGCGACGGACAUUCGGAAGUCGGCCCAUCAGGUAUUGCGUGUCAUGCAUCUAAGCAUUGUGUUGGUCAGCCGGAUGGGGCCAUGUUUCCACUUGCUGAGAAAAACGGUUUCAUUGUUUGUCAGUGUGAGUGUGACAUUGAACGGCCUUGUGCUGAAGGAACAGCUUAUGAUAGUGACUUAAAAACUUGUGCUCUUAUUAAUCAAAAUAAUAGAAGAUUAUCAGUGCGGUGAAUAUAUUAAGUGCGCAUCGCGUUAACUUUCUGUGCAAAUAUCAAAUGGAGGCAUUGACCUCUCCAGACAGCUUCCAUGUAUAGCUGAAUUAGUUUUAAGUUUUUUGUAUGUGAAUUUAAAUAUAAUAAAAACAUAUAUA